AAAUAGCGCCAAACUCAGAGUCGGUUCGAAAAUGCUGCUUCCGAUUCUUUUAUGCUGUGCGUGGGCGGCCGCGGGCCAACUGACCGAUUCGCCGCCUGUGGUGUCCGUACGUCAAGGCAGAGUGCGAGGAAGCACCGCCACCACGCAGUUGAAAAAUGUAACGUACCACGCAUUUCGGGGCAUCCCGUUUGCUCAGCCACCGUUGGGCGAGUUGCGGUUCCGGGCGCCGCGUCGAGCCGCUUCCUGGAGCGACACCCUCAACGCUACCCGAGAUAGGAGCGAGUGUACGCAAAUGGACGGGGUCCGUGUAGUCGGCACCGAGGAUUGCCUCUACGUCAAUGUGUUUACUCCUAAAAUCAACGCCAGCCUGCCAGUCAUGGUGUGGAUAUACGGCGGCGGCUUCAAUUUCGGUACUUCGAAUUUCUCCGUCUACAACCCCGACAACUUCGUCGAGCGAGAGGUGGUGUUCGUCUCGUUCAACUACCGUCUGGGCGUGUUCGGGUUCUUGAGCACCGGGAACCUGGACAGUCCGGGCAACUGGGGCCUGAAGGACCAAGUGCUCGCCCUCGAAUGGGUCCGGGAUAAUGUCGCACGAUUCGGCGGCAACCCGAACAAAGUGACCAUAUUCGGCCAAAGCGCAGGCUCCGCCUCCGUCUCUUACUUGGUUCAGAGCCCCAGAGCUAAAGGGUUGUUCCACGCGGCGAUAAUGGAGAGCGGCACGAGCCUCUGCGCGUGGGCACUUUCUACCGAUCCUGCGUAUUACGCUUUCCAAGUGGGCAUCGCUCUGGGAGUCAACACGGCAGACAGCGGGAAGCUGGUGCGGGAACUGCGAAAAAUCGAUUACGUCAAACUGAAGCUGGCGGACUUCAAGGUAACCGAGUCGCAGUUGGCGUUGAACCCGCAGGUUGGCAACGGGAUACCGUUCGCCCCGGUGUCGGAACCUUAUCACCAGGACGCCGUGUUCAGCGGCAGAAGCCACGAGCUCUUGAAACGGGGCGCGUUCAACAGGGUUCCGGUGAUCAUCGGUUACACGUCGAACGAGGCGGGAUAUUUCGUCAGCACGUCGAUCGACUCUUUGAGGCCUCUGCUUUUUCAAUACGACGCAGACAUAGCGAAACUCGCGCCGUACGACUUGACUCGCGACCGGAUACGCAGACUGCUUGCUGCGUCGUUGAUCAAGUCGCACUUCUUCGGCAACGGCAGCGUAGCCAACGCAACGCAGCAGGCUUUGUCGGACUAUGCCAGUGAUAACCUCUUCAACCGGCCGAUCAGGGAAACUGCCAAUCAGAUGUCGAAGCACACUAGCGUGUACCUCUAUUUGUUCUCUUACGUGGGAAGCGCGGUAAAAAAUUUCACGGGGGUAGCCCAUGCCGAAGAGCUGAGAUACCUCUUCAGGGACGGCAGGAACGCGAGCCGCGCCGACCGAACCGCCAGCGAUCGUCUUGUCACGCUGUGGACCAACUUUGCGAAAUCGCGGCAUCCCCUAGCGGACGGCGACGACAACGACGGACCGUUGCAAAAUGUCCGCUGGCCGACGGCCAAACGCGGAUUGAAUCGAGUAGACGACGACGUCAAUUAUUUGGACAUCGGCGAUGAUUUGCAAACUGACAGGAAUCCGAACCAGACUGACUGGACGUUCUACCGGGAAAUUUACCGGAGUUUCGGCGACGGCGUAUACACCACUUAUUAAGUUUAAUAAUUGUUAACCGAAACCAUAUGUAGAUAUCAUUGUUUGAGUAAUAAAUCUCUUUUAAAAAAACGUGUUAU